AGUGGCUUAUCUUUUGGAAUUUCUGGGUAUGAUUGGAUUACUGUGAUUUGUGUGGUUCACUCAUGCAUAUUUAGAAUCACCAAAAGUAUGAACAUGGAAUUUUUAUUUUUGAGUGCGGAAUCCUAGUCUUCUAGGUUCAAGCACCCAAGAUAUAGAUAGAAUCUUUGUGUUCAUGGAGCAUGAGCUGUUCUUCCUUGUUGUUCCAACUACGAUGGUGCUUACUUAUAUUUACUUUUUGUGCUGUUCCUGAAAUGGUUUUGGCACAUGGCUGGUGUGCUUAGUUCUCUGAGCAGAAUGGUGGUAUAAACUGAAGAACUGAAGCCGAAAGUUGCUUACUUUGAAGGAAGAUCCUCUUGGAAGCAUGGGUAUGGGGAGAACACUGUUCAUCUUUGUUUUGUGCUUGUGGAUUCCCCUGGAAGUGGUGGGGAGGAAAGAACCUUCUUCACCUACCAGUGUGGAUUCCUCUGUUUCUUCAAGACCGAAGGCUGUGAAAUUUGGAGCCCUAUUCCCUAUGGAUUCUGUCAUUGGAAGAUCUGCUUUACCUGCAAUUUUGGCUGCUGUUAAAGAUGUUAAUUCUAGCACGAGCAUUCUCCCUGGCAUUGACCUGCAAGUCAUUUUGCACAGCACAAAUUGCAGUGCGUUUCUUGCAACAAUGGAAGCUCUGCAAUUGAUGGAGAAUGAUGUGGUUGCUGUUGUUGGUCCACUGUCAUCUGGAACAGCUCAUAUAAUCUCUCAUGUUGUUAAUGAACUCCAUGUACCUCUUCUGUCGUUUGGGGCUACUGACCCCACUCUUUCUUCUCUACAGUACCCAUAUUUUAUCCGCACUACUCAGAACGACUAUUUUCAGAUGUAUGCAGUUUCAGCCUUUAUUAAUUAUCACAGAUGGAGGGAGGUAAUUGCCAUAUAUGUAGAUGAUGACAAUGGCAGGAAUGGAAUUUCUGUAUUGGGUGAUGCACUGUCGAAGAAACGUUCCAAGAUCUCUUACAAGGCUGCUUUUUCUCCUGGGGCCUCAGAAAGUGAUAUCAGUGACUUGUUGAAUGAAGUGAACUUGAUGGAAUCGCGGGUCUAUGUUCUGCAUGUGAAUCCUGAUACUGGUUUAGCAAUUUUCUCCAUUGCCAAGAAGCUCGGAAUGAUGGGCAGUGGCUACGUUUGGAUUGCAACAGAUUGGCUUCCUUCAGUGCUGGAUUCCUCAGAGUCACCUGACCCUGACACAAUGAAUCUCUUACAAGGGAUUGUGGCUUUUCGUCAUCACAUUCCUGACACUGAUCUCAAGAAGAAUCUUCUCUCCACCUUGAAAAGCCAAAGGGCCAAAGAGACUGUAAGCUUCAAUUCUUAUGCAUUUUAUGCUUAUGAUUCUGUUUGGUUAGCAGCUCGUGCUCUUGAUGCUUAUCUCAAUGAAGGGGGAAACGUUUCUUUCUCUAGUGACCCUAAGUUGCAAGACACAAAUGGAAGCAUGUUGCAUUUAGCUUCACUUCGUACAUUUGAUGGUGGUCCACAGUUUCUCCAGACAAUUUUGGGAAUGAACUUCACUGGUGUGAGUGGUCAAAUUGAGUUUGAUAUGGACAAGAAUCUAGUUCAUCCAGCAUAUGAAAUUCUCAAUAUUGGUGGUAGUGGAUCCCGUAGAAUUGGUUACUGGUCUAAUCAUUCUGGUCUGACAGUUCUAGCUCCUGAAACUUUAUAUCUGAAAAAAUCAUCAAACACACCUUUACUGAGAAAUCAACAACUUUACAGUGUGAUAUGGCCUGGAGAGAUUACAACUACACCAAGAGGGUGGGUGUUUCCCAACAAUGGACAACCACUUAGGAUAGCAGUUCCUAACAGAGUGAGCUACAAGGACUUUGUUUCUAAGGACAACAACCCGCCAGGGGUACAAGGCUAUUGCAUUGACGUUUUUGAAGCAGCCUUGAAAUUGUUGCCUUACCCCGUCCCACGAAAAUACAUGUUAUUUGGAAAUGGUGUAAGGAAUCCUAGCUACAACGAGCUUGUGGAACAAGUUGCACAAAAUAACUUUGAUGCAGCUGUUGGAGAUGUUACAAUUGUCACAAAUAGGACAAGGAUAGUGGAUUUUACUCAACCUUUCAUGCCCUCAGGGCUUGUUGUUGUUGUUCCUUUUAAAGAGCAGAAGUCAAGCCCUUGGUCUUUCCUUCAGCCAUUCACUACUGAAAUGUGGUGUGUCACUGGUGCUUUCUUUCUUUUUGUUGGAAGUGUUGUAUGGAUUCUUGAGCACAGGCUCAAUCCUGAGUUCCGGGGCUCACCGAGGAAACAACUUAUAACAGUGUUUUGGUUUAGUUUCUCAACCAUGUUUUUCUCACACAGGGAGAACACUGUGAGUGGACUUGGACGAUUGGUGCUAAUCAUAUGGCUCUUUGUGGUGUUGAUCAUAAAUUCAAGCUACACAGCUAGCUUGACCUCUAUCCUCACUGUGCGGCAACUGUCAUCUCAAAUUGAAGGAAUUGAUAGCUUGAUCUCAAGUACACUACCGAUUGGAAUUCAAGAUGGUUCAUUUGCACGCAAGUAUCUUGUAGAUGACCUCAAUAUAGCUGAAUCUAGAAUAGUUACGCUGAAAAACAUGGAGGAUUAUAUUGAUGCCCUUCAGCGAGGACCUCAAGCUGGAGGAGUUGUGGCAGUUGUUGACGAGCUUCCUUACAUUGAGCUCUUGAUGUCCAGCAGUCAGUGUAAAUUCAGAACUGUUGGCCGGGAGUUCACUAAGAGUGGCUGGGGAUUUGCAUUCCAGAGGGACUCUCCCCUUGCUGUUGACUUGUCAACCGCCAUUCUUCAACUCUCUGAGAGUGGUGACCUGCAAAGGAUUCAUGACAAAUGGCUUAACAAAAAGGAGUGCACAACCGUAGAUGUUGAUUCAAACAAACUAGCUCUGACAAGCUUCUGGGGCCUCUUUCUUAUAUGUGGCAUUGCAUGUUUCAUUACCCUCAUAAUUUUCUUUGCCAGAAUCUUCUGUCAAUAUAACAAAUUCAGCCCAGAAUCUGAGAAAACUGAUGAGGAACUCCAACCAGUGAGGAGGUCUAGACGUCCAAGCAGAACUCCUAGCCUGAAGAAGUUGAUGGUAUUUGUAGAUAAAAGGGAAGCAGAAGUCAAAGAGAUACUUAGGGAAAACAAGAAAAGGAGACACAGCCAAAGCUUGGAUGAUCCUUCUGUUUCAUCAGCCAUCUAGUUAACCUACCCUCUCUCAUUUUGCUUUGUUUAUCUUUUUGAUUUUUUCUCUUUUAGGCUACCUAGUCAUAUAGCGUUGGCACAAAUUAGUCUACACCACUGAAGGUAAAUCCUUCCUUCCUAGCUAGGAAAUUGCGACAGCAAGACUGUCACCACCACAACAUUGUUUAAAGAAAGAACAAAAAUCAUGCUUUAGUUUGUUGUACCUUUGUUUAGAAAAAGCUUGUGAAGAAAAGGAAUACCCUGACACAAUUCUCAUCAUAGAACAUGCUUUCAUUUUCCAAGCUUUUGGUGGUCCUAUUAAAAGUGAGUUUGUUUAUAAGCAAAAUCCAGCAAGGGCUUCAAGAGUUCAUUCA